ACACCGAGACCGCUGGAAAAACAUCUUGUUUUUGUGCUCAGAACGAACGACUGAACUUGAGGCCAGUUUGGAGAGUUUUUGACUUGUUGUUGUUGUUGUUUCUGAAGUUUGACAAACUUUCUUUGGAGCAAAAUCUCAGAGAAACAAUGAGUCACGUCGACGUGAAAAACCUGAAGCCCACCAGCUUUGAGGACGAGUACUACGACCAAUAUGAAUUUUAUAACUUAACAGACAAAUACACAGAAGGCUCAGCCCGUAAAGGCAGGACAAAGAAGGAGGCCAGUGACAACACCAACAGACACAACCCUGCUGGACAUGAACGCAAAAUAGUUGAGAAACUCCAGAACAGUGAGAAGAAAGCCAAGGCGUGAAUACUGAGGGCGACUCGGACGGCUCAUCCCGGACACCGACCACGGCCUCCAUGGCGACAGAACGAGAUGUACAGACAGCAGGGGCGUCCUGAAGCUCCAGUGGGCGAGGAUUUAACCUGGGCGUGAAUAGGAGCCUGCAGAUCCAGAUGUUCCAGUGAGGAGAUCUUCAUCACGGCAGCAGACUGCGGCUCCUCGGCCCGUUGGUUGUUGCAAAGCACUCACCAGUGGCGGGGUGUAGCCGGGGUCCCAGGACCCUGAUGGUGCACAUGUGAUUGUGGUGGUGGGGACAGUUGGGUGAUUUCUGUAUGUUGACAAGUUUUCAAUGGAUUUUUUAAAAAAGAAUUUUAACUAUUAAAACUUUUCUAAAAUGA